AUGGCAAGAUCAGGUCACUCCACUCAGUUGACUUCUGGAAGACAUAGGGCAUGUCAACCACAGACACAGAAGCUCACAGAAAAUGAAAUUUCGGAGUUGAAGAACUACUUUCCUGAGUGGACUUCAGCAAAAUGGAAAGAGAGGGCUGCCAGGUUAUUUGCUCCUAAGGUCAACCAAGCACAAUGGAAGAAGAGGAAGCAGAUAUACAAGACUUGGUUGUUCAACAACAGGAAAAAGAAGGAAAGGAAGGACAUGAUAAAGUAUGGGAGGAAAUGGACCCCUAGGAUGGUGAUCUACCAGUGGAACUGGGAAGAGGUGCUAAAGAGGAUUGAGGAUGAGUCUGGGGCAAAGCCAGGAGGUCCUGGUAUGUUCAAGCAUUAUCAGGCAGCUGUGAAGAGAGUCAUGGCUGAAUUGUCUGAUGACAAGUUGGAGAAGGCAAAGGAAACAGCCAAAGAAUGGUCCAACAACUUUCCUCCUCCUGAGAUACAGGCACAAGUCGCUCGUAAGAAGGGACCUGCAUAUAUGGAGCACUUUUCGAAGGAGAUGUGGAGGCAAUGCAGGAUGAGAGUGUUUGUGAUGUUGGCUUGGAAGAAUGAACAGGGGGAGGUGCUGUUCAGGAUGCAUGAUGAUAAUGAGGCAUUAGGAGAUGGGGACAGCUUCAUGAAGAUGAAGAACUGGGAGGACAUCAAGCCGGUUUGGCAGGAGUACACGCAGGAACAGUUUGGUGCUGGGGCAUGGGAUGGAGGAUGA